AUCUGUCUCCCCUUUUACCGCCAUCGGAGCGGAGUCUCUUUCUUCCCCGGGACCUCUUCACUGCGCAGCGCCGCCUCACCAGCUCAGCCUCCCGGCCCACAGAGCCAAGCAUCACUUGAGACUCAGCGAAGAUGGCAGACAUCGACAAUAAAGACCAGGCUGAGAUGGACCCGGCAGAUAUGGAGGAUGUGGAGGAUGUGGAAGAGGAGGAGACGGGAGAAGAUGAAAACAGCAAAGCUCGCCAGCUGACCGUGCAGAUGAUGCAGAAUCCACAGAUCCUGGCAGCGCUGCAGGAGAGGCUGGACGGUCUGAACGGCUCACCGUCAGGGUACAUCGAGAGUUUACCAAAGGUUGUAAAGAGACGUGUAAACGCCCUCAAGAACCUGCAGGUCAAAUGCGCCCACAUUGAGGCGAAGUUCUACGAAGAAGUCCAUGAGCUGGAGAGAAAGUACGCAGCGCUCUACCAACCCCUAUUCGACAAAAGAAGUGAAAUUGUGAAAGCAGCCUACGAGCCCACAGAUGAGGAGUGUGAAUGGAAGGCAGAUGAAGAGGAAGAGCUGACAGUAAGUAAGCAGGACGAGAUGAAGGAGAAGGCCAAGCUAGAGGAGGAAAAGAAAGACGAGGAGAAGGAAGACCCCAAAGGCAUCCCCGAGUUCUGGUUAACAGUUUUCAAAAAUGUGGACCUGCUCAGUGACAUGCUGCAGGAACACGAUGAACCCAUCCUUAAACAUUUACAAGAUAUUAAAGUAAAAUUCUCAGAUCCAGGACAGCCCAUGAGCUUCACGUUAGAGUUUCACUUUGAGGCCAACGACUUCUUCACAAACACAGUGUUGACGAAAACCUACAAGAUGAGGUCAGAGCCGGACGAGAGCGACCCCUUCUCCUUUGAUGGACCAGAGAUCAUGUGCUGCACAGGGUGCACGAUCGACUGGACGAAGGGCAAGAACGUCACGUUGAAAACCAUCAAGAAGAAACAGAAGCACAAGGGCCGCGGCACGGUGAGGACGGUCACCAAAACGGUCCCCAACGACUCCUUCUUCAACUUCUUCACCCCGCCAGAGGUUCCAGAAAAUGGCGAUUUGGACGAGGACUCGGAGGCAGUCCUGGCUGCAGACUUUGAAAUCGGCCACUUCAUCCGCGAGCGAAUCGUUCCCCGGGCUGUGCUCUACUUCACAGGAGAGGCCAUCGAGGACGACGACGACGAUUAUGAUGAAGAGGGAGAGGAGGCAGAUGAUGAGGAAGGUGAGGAGGAGGCUGAUGAGGAGAACGACCCCGACUAUGAUCCCAAGGUUUAAGUGGUGACAGUAGAAAAAUAACCCUAUCCUGAAGGAUGCAGCCCCCCCAGCUGAGUGUAAGCAGCAGUGAAGCCCGGCCCGGCUGCCUUGAGGAUCGACUGCACUGUAACGGCUUCAAAAAUUACAACAACAAAAAAAAAACAUUUAAAAAAAAAAAUAGUUACUUACCGCCUUAUAAUGUUUUGUAUUUUUCUUGGUAGAGAAUUUGAAGAAAAAAAAAGUUUCAAGAUUUUUGUUACGAAAAUGGUAAUAUACUGGGAGCUGUGUCGCUCGAUAUACAUAGUAUUUUACUAGACCUGUUUUUUCCUUCUCUUCCUCCUUCUCUGUACAAUAACUAGAUAGAAUACAGGACAAAAAAAAAUCUCCCUGGAACAGCAUGAACUUGUUUCUUCACUGCUAAAAAAAACAACAAAAAAACUAGUUUGGGUUCUUGUGAAGUCUUUUGUUGUAUUUGCUCUUAGACAACAGCUGUGGUUAAGACUGCAUCGCGUCAAUUUCUAACAAUCCCCGCCCCCUCUUCACCUCCUCCUACAAAAGCUCCAGGUUGGUCCCUUCUGUUCGUCGUUUAAAAAAAAAAAAAAAAAACUCUUAGCGGGGCCUUUAGCACUUGUAAAAGCACUGUAGCAUUUCCAGGUCGAGUGACGGAGCAGAGAUGGACGUGUGACCUGCAGCCGAGUGUCUAUUCCACUAUCUCAUCUUGCUGAGCGUGGGAUCUGGAGUCGGUGUUAUAUUUUUUCCCUGCUCAUACUUUCCCCGCUCUUGAUACAUUCCAGUAAGCAGGCUGGCCGGCACCAUCCGUUAGGCUCCUCUUCUCUUAAAAUCUGGACCUUUAAAAUUGACAGGAAGUGGCUUUAUCGCUCCCAGGGCUUCAGCACAGCCUGGUCGAGUCUCUUUAACAUUCCAGGGGAUACCAAAACAAAUGUGGACACAAAGAGGGAAUUAACGGGGCAAACCGGUAACCGAGUGCUUCAGGCUCCUCGUAGGCUCUCACAGUGGCGUCGCCGUCGUCCUUUUCUAGCACUCUGUACUAGUGUUGUGUACCAGUGGCGUCCUGUCAUCGGGUGGCUGUUUGAGUAUUCCUUGUGAGCAGCACUUUUGUUUCACGUCCCCUUGCUUUAAGGAGAAGGGGGUGCGCUCUGUGGAGAGAUCAACAUGUGCUACUGGUUCUGAAGUGGCUUCUUCACUGCAGGAGGCACACUUGGCGUCCUCAGAGAAAGCUUUGAGCAGAUGUAGCACAGCAAAGACAGGAUAACAAAACUCCCAAGCCCCUCUCCUCCCCCCCCCCUUUCCCCCCUUCUUAUCAGUUUACCUCUUGUGUCGUCAGUGUGACUCACGCCGACCCCCGACGUCUCACUCCAUUAAGAAUCACUGUGAAAGAAAGAGAGGAUGUGUGAUAAGGCCAUUAUUAGGCCAAUGAACCACCACUCUCCCUCACCCACCAUACCCCCCCCACCCCCUUUCUGUGUUACCCAGAAGGCCACAGAGAAGCAUGUCAGAGCAAUACUUAACGCCAGGAGGGAGACCAAAAAGGAACCGUAGCCUGCCCUCCUCCCUCCCUGUCCAUCCUUCAAGGCCUUUUUUGUUUGAAGUCGUGAAAAAGGCCCUGUGUCGGCGGUCCACAGUGGAGAGCAGGGUACUUCUCAUUCUGCAGGGAGUAUUCACAUCAUGUUCAUCGGAUUUAAAAUUUAAAAAAAGAAAAAAAAAAAAGGACGAGAGGGUUUCUGUAGGGUCCUUCUGAGCAGCUGUUGUCAAGGCAAAGUGCUAUGCUACAAAAAUACUAAUGUACUCAAUAACUGUACGUGUAUGUUCAUGAAUAAAUUGGUUAAACAUG